UGCUUGGGUCCCGGACUGCUGCAGGGGGUGCCACAGCAGUGCUGAGGCCUCGUCACUAAAGCAGAGAAGCCACUUCUUCUGGGCCCACGAGGCAGCUGUUCCAUGCUCUGCUGAGCACGGUGGUGGGAAAACGGAAGCUCAGGGAGGCAAGCAUCUGUGCCAAGGUCACACAGCUUGUAAAGGGCAAAGCUGGGACUUGAACAUUCUUGUUAUCUGAAUCCAUAGACUACGCUUUCAACCCUAUGCCCUGCACGGCACCUGGUGCCAUGCCUCUGAAACUCCUCCUGCUGCUGAUCCUACUGGGCCCUAGCAGCAGCUUGCAGCUGUGGGACCCCUGGGCAGAUGGAGCCAAGAAAGCCCUGGGCCCCCUGCUUGCCCGGGGCCGGAGAGAGGCCAUUGAAGAUUAUGACCUGCAUGAUGAGCCUGAGCCGGAAACAGAGGCUCCAGAAAUACUGAACAACAUCACCACCACCACUCUUCUGACUGGGCCUGGGACUCCUGAGCCAACCACCAUGGAGCCUGCUACGAGGCAUUCUACUGGCCUGGAUGCAGGAGGGGCAGUCACAGAGCUGUCCAACAUGGGGACCCUGUCCAUGAAGCCAGCAGCCAUGGAGGUACAGACCACUCAACCGGCAGCCACAGAGGCACCGACCACUCCACCGGCAGCCAUGGAGGCACAGACCACUCCACUGGUGGCCAUGGAGGCACCGACCACUCUACCGGCAGCCACGGAGGCACAGACCACUCAAGCAGCAGCCGCAGAGGCACAGACCACUCAACCGGCAGCCAUGGAGGCACAGACCACUCAACCGGCAGCCACAGAGGCACAGACCACUCCAUUGGUGACCACAGAGGCAAAGACCACUCCAUUGGUGGCCAUGGAGGCACAGACCAUUCAACCAGUAGCCACGGAGGCACAGACCACUCCAUCAGUGGGCACGGAGGCACAGACCACUCAACCAGCAGUCAUGGAGGCACAGACCACUCUAUCGGUGACAACAGAGGCAAAGACCACUCCAUUGGUGGCCACGGAGGCACAGACCACUCCACCAGCAGCCAUGCAGGCCCUGUCCACAGAACCCAAUGCCACAGAGGCCCUGUCCACAGAACUUAAUGUUACGGAGGCCCUGUCCACAGAACCUACUACCAAAAGGGGUCUGGUCACGCCCUUUCCUGUGUCCUCUGUUACUCACAAGGAGAUUCCCAUGGCAGCCAGCAAUUUGUCCACCAGCUACCCAGUGGGUGCCCCAGACCACAUCUCUGUGAAGCAGUGCCUCUUGGCCAUCCUCAUCUUGGCGAUGGUGGCCACUGUCUUCCUCGUGUGCACUGUGGUGCUGGCAGUCCGCCUUUCCCGCAAGAGCCACAUGUACCCUGUGCGUAAUUACUCCCCCACCGAGAUGGUCUGCAUCUCCUCUCUGCUGCCUGAUGGGGGUGAGGGCCCUCCUGCCACAGCCAAUGGGGGCCUGCCCAAGGCCAAGAGCCAGGGCCUGAUGCCAGAACCUGGGGAGGACCAUGAGGGGGACAACCUCACCCUGCACAGCUUCCUCCCUUAACUCCCUCUGUCAUCUGUUUCAGCAAGAUCCCAGCCUCCACGGUCUCUCCUUGGCCACCCCUGGGUGCCCGGACCUCAUUCCACAGCUCUGGGCUUCCUCAGAGACCCUGGGGAUGGGGAUCUUCAGGGAAGGAACCCUGGCCGCCCAAACAGGACAAGAGCAGCCAAGGUCUUGGGGCCAAGCAGACUGGCAGGUGGCCACCUCUUUCCUCCCUCCUUGAAUGAAGCCCGGCCACUUCCCAGACGCCUACAGGCCACAUUUCAGCCAAGAGCCGGGGUAGGAGGCCAUUUACUCAAGAGAGAGUCCCUCCUUUUUCCUAUCCCCAUCUUCUCUGGGUCCCUCUAGUGUCUCCCGUGGCUCUCUCCACUUCUCCAUGUCACUGGAGUCUCAUCCCAUGUACCCAAGGAAGAUCCAUUUCUCCCACCCCACCCACUGCGCCAUUUUCUUCUGGUUGCCAUGGUCACCAAACAGGAAGGGGACAUUCUAGGGGAGGAGUACUGAGCAGUGACGGACUCCUGAGGCUGUUUCCUGCUGCUCCUCCGACCUUGGGCAGCUGGGGUCUUCUUGGGCACCUCUCUGGGAAAACCCAGGGAGAGGCUCAGCCUGUGAGGGCUGGGAUGGCUUUGGCAAGCCCAAGGGCAGAUCUUUCUUUGGGACUGGGUGGACCAAGGAGCUUCCAUCUAGGGACAGGUGACCCCCCCAGCCGUCCUCUCCCACCUCCCCCUGUGGCCACUUUCUAGGGUGGGCUGUCUUGUUCACUGCAGUAUCCCAACUGCAGGCACAGCACAGGCACUCAAUAAAUGUGUGAUGGACAA